GAAAUCAAUCGCAAAACUACGAUAUCAUUUUGAGCGGACGGAAAUCGGAAAGGGAAACAUUUCCAUGGUAAAUUGUGAUAGAAAAUUAUAGUGAAUUUUGACGCAUUAAGGUGAUAAAGUAUUUGAGUGUAUGGAAAUCGAGAAUAUACAAAUUUUAAUGAUAAAUUCGUAAGGAAAUUUGUUACAAAUUUUGACGGAUUUUGGUGAUAAAGUGUUUGAGUGUGUGGAAAUCGGAAAGAGAAAAUUUUCAUGACAAAUUUUUACUGAAAAUUUUGACCAAUUUUGCCCAGUUUUUCUAAUAAAGUGCUUGAAUGUUCGGAAAUCGGGAAGAGAAAAAUUUUCAUGAUAAAUUUUGACAAAAAAUUGUUAUCAAUUGUGACGAAUUUUGUUGAUAAAGUGAGAAUUAUGAUCAUUUGAACGGAAGAAAUUCGGAAAUCAUAAUUGUGACGAAAAAUUGUGACGAAAUUUGUUCAUGAAGUGAGAAUUAUUAUGAAGUCGUACACCGUAAAUCAUGGCGGUGGGGGCGGUGGUAUCGUUCCUGGUAACUCUAGAAUUCCGCAAUAUCUCGCUGCAGCAGCAGUAACUGUGGGUGGAUUCGCGAUGGGAUCCGCGCUAGGUUGGUCGUCCCCAUCACUGCCAAAUCUUAAACAAAGCACAGACUUCUAUCCGCUCCUCGAUCCCACACAUCUUUCUUGGAUUGGUUCAAUCUUAACGAUCGGAGCAGCCGUGGGGGCUUUGCUUUCCGGUGGACUGGUGGACCUUUACGGGCGAAAGGUGACCAUGUUGAUCUCAUCCGCGUUCUUUUUGUGGGGCUGGAUUUCUCUCGGCCUAGCGAGGGGGAUAAACCUCCUCCUCAUCGGCAGAUUUCUCACCGGCCUCGCCGUGGGUUGUUUGUCCCUCGUGGCCCCACUUUUCCUCACAGAGAUCUCACAACCUCAAGUUCGUGGCGUUAUUGGCGUCGCUUUUCAACUCAUGGUUGUUCUGGGCAGCUUGUUCUCCACGGUUUUGGGGUCGUUAUCCGGCUGGCGGGUAUUGUCCUGGGCGUGUUCAGGAGUACCGGUCAUUUUCGCUUGUGGGAUCUGCAUCCUCCCCGAAUCGCCGAGAUUUCUCCUCCGCAAAGGAAAAGUCGACCAGGCGCGGAGUGCUCUCAACUGGUUGCGAAACGGGGAUCCAGACGUUACCCAAGAAUUCGAAGAUCUGCAGGAAAGCACUCUACCCUCGACCCCGUCACUUUCCCUCGGCGCCAUCCUAUCGCCCAGGAUCCUUCGCCCCAUCGGCGUCACCAUCAGCCUCGUCCUCUUCAACCAAAUCUGCGGUAUUUCCGCCGUCAAUUUUUACACGGUCGACAUUUUCGCCGCGACGGAAAAAGGUGGCGACAAUGUCAUCGCCGACGACGCCGGCGCCUUGGAAAAUUCCGCGACCACCGCUGGCGCCAACUUGAGCGCCAUAAUCGUGCAGCUGGUCCAAGUGGGCGCGGUUUUCCUGUCCUCCCUCCUCGUCGACCGGGUCGGGCGGAGGGUCCUGCUUUUGACCUCGUUCGCCAUCAUGACCUCGGCCCUGCUCGGAUUAGGAGCGUCCUUCGUGGUGCAUUUGAACACUCCACUCUUGUCCUGGCUUCCCCUCGCGUCCGUAAUUUUCUACAAUGUCGGUUACUCCAUCGGGAUCGGAUCUCUGGUUUGGACCGUUAUGAGUGAGCUGCUUCCCGCCUCCGUCGUGGGCGUGGUUUAUGCCCUCCUGACCGCCUACAAUUGGGCGCUGGCCUUCCUCAUCACCAAAUAUUUCGCCCUUCUCCAAGAAUCUUUUAGUAUUCAGAACACAUUUUGGGGCUUCGCGGGCUGCUGUGUGCUCGCGGGAAUUUCAAUUUUCUUCACGGUUCCAGAAACGAGGGGAAAAACGCUGGAGCAAAUUCAAGACCAAUGUUUCAACGGGAAAAAGAACAAGUCAGACUUGAAAUCGGAUCUGGUUUGCUGAUAAUUAGGUUAAUUAAUUGUGACUAAUUAUGCUAAUUAACUUAAUUAAUUAUUUAUUUAGUCUGUGAUAACCAAAGUUAAUUACUUAAUUGUUUAAUAAAAUACUUUAGUUGACACUAUUUUGAUUCGAAAUUGGAUCUAGUUUGUCGAUAUUAAUUAGGCUAAUUAACUGUAAUUAAUUAAUUAUUUAUUCUGUGAUAACCCAAGUUAAUUAAUUGUUGAAUAAAAUAUGUACUUUACUUGACACGA